UGAGCUUACGGGACACCCUGUAUACAGGGUCUCCCAUUUGAAAUAACAAAGCUCAUGAUUAUUUCUGGUAUAAGAGGCAACACUGCAUUCCUGGAAAUAUUUUAAGCCGUUAGAGCACGGUAGAUUAUAGAAAAAGCCAAAUUUUCAGAACAAUCCGAAGUCAUGGUUUACGUAUAAGUUCAGCGCGCUAUCAAACGUGAGCCACCCUGUAUAGUUUAUCUAUACUAGAUCAAGAUGACGCUGUGUACAUCAUCUGUUUCCAAAAAAAAUCUGAAUUUUAAUCCACCCAAUUUUUUUAUAAACCACAACGCAACAAAUUUCCAAUGGAAAUACAUACUUAGAUACAUACUUUCCUAUUUUAACUCGCCUUUUGAAAGUAAAUUUUUGAAUUUCCCGCCGGCCUACGCCAUAACCAAAACAAACCCCCUACCUCUAAACGCCACUCGACACUGAUUUUGAGGUUAAAAUGUUUGUUUAUUUCUGAAAGCUCAAACUUUGUCUCACAUUAAAAGUGCAAUUUUUUCAUUGUUGUGCAAACGGAAUUAAUUGGGCUGAUCAUGGAUAACCCUGAAAACAAUGAGGCUGCUGAAAAGUCGGAAAAAGUAAUUUUUAAAUCAGUUAAAAAGCGCAACCUGCGACAAAAAGUCAAGAGCGAUAGUGAUGAUGAAGAAACGGCCCAAAUCAGCAACAAGUUGGGAGAGAUGAAGGAGCGGCAGAAUUUGCGGAAGCGGCCCCAUGGAGUGAGCGUAAUCGGGCUGGCUUUAGGAACGAAAUUUUCGGCAGGAGAUGAGGCCUCAUCGAAGGACCCUUUCAAGGUGGAGGCUGGCGGAAUGGUGAACAUGCAAGCCCUAAAGUCAGGAAAAGUGAAACAAGUCGACGAUGCAUAUGACACGGGAAUUGGCACGCAAUUCUCAGUCGAAACCAACAAAAGGGAUGAGGACGAAGAAAUGAUGAAAUUCAUCGAAAACGAGCUAUCAAAAAAGAAAGGCAAAGUGGGGCAGGAAGAACCGAUUUUACUUACCAAGAAAAGCUCCUACCUGAGCCCUGAAGAAGCUGCCCUACAAGCAGUACCCGACCAUCUAAGAGAGUCAUCAACCAAAAGAUCAGAAGAAAUGUUAUCCAAUCAAAUGCUUAGCGGGAUUCCCGAGGUGGAUUUGGGCAUUGAGGCAAAAAUUAAGAACAUCGAAGCCACAGAAGAGGCAAAACUGAGGUUGCUGUGGGAGAGCCAAAAUAAAAAGAAUGGGCCAUCGCAGUUUGUUCCUACUAAUAUGGCGGUUAAUUUUGUGCAGCAUAAAAGAUAUAAUAAUGACCGGGCAGAAAUGGCGAGGAAAAAAGCCAAAACUGAAGUCGAAGACAAGCAGAAGAAGAAGGACGAAAAGGCCACCGACGAUUAUCACUUUGAGAAAUUCAAAAAACAGUUUAGGAGAUAAUUAAAGUUAUUAAAAUAAAA